GUACCCAGCUCUGGGGUAGCGCCAGAGUCCAGGGAGCUCCCUGGCCGCAGGACUCGCUGGGCUGGUUGUUCUCCAGGGUUCCUAUGGCUGCUCAGUUGCCGCUGGAACCUGCGCAGCCCCUGUCUUGGCAGGGUAGUGUCACCUUUGAAGAUGUGGCUGUGUACUUCUCUUGGGAGGAGUGGGAUCUUCUUGAUGAGGCCCAGAGACACCUGUACCUUGAUGUGAUGCUGGAGAACUUGGCACUCAUGUCCUCUCUGGGUUAUUCAUGUGGAGUGGAAGAUGAGGUGGCACCUUCUAGGUUGGGCUUUUCUGUGGAAUCGCCACAGAUUGGGACUCCAAAAGAGGAGUCAUCAUCCCAAAAUGACUGUGCUUGUGAAAUUUGUGGCCUGGUUUUGAGGGAUAUUCUGCUCUUGGCUCAGCACCAUGGAACACACUGUGGGAAAAAACCAUAUUCCUGUGGGAAACAAUUCUACUUCACUGAUAAUCUUACCCAGCACCAAAGGCAGCAUGUUAAAGAGGCACUCUUUGGAAGCUCUGGGGACAGAACCUCAUUUAUAAAGAGCUGCAUGGCCCGUGUGUCAGGGAAGCCUUUUACUUGGAAGAGCGUUAGGAGGGGCUUCCUGACCAGUGUGGGAUUUCCCUGUCCACAAGUCACUCACGGGGAGAAGAAAUCAAGUAACUGCCAGGUGGCCUUUCACAGUGGGAAGAAUCAUAACUGGGGAGAAUGCAAAAAAACCUUUAACCAAACAAACAUACUGGUUCCAGACCAGAGAAGCCUCACCAGGAAAAGGCUUUUUGAGUGCAGCAAGUGUGGGAAAGCCUGUACACGAAGAUGUAAUUUGAUUCAGCACCAGAAGGUCCACAGUGAAGACAGGCCUUAUGAAUGCAGUGAGUGUGGAAAAUUCUUUACCUAUCACUCCAGCUUCAUUAUCCAUCAGAGAGUUCACACUGGAGAAAGGCCUUAUGAGUGUGAUCAAUGUGGGAAAUCCUUCAGUCAGAUCUAUAGUCUCAACAGCCAUAGGAAAGUUCACACUGGAGAAAGGCCUUAUGAGUGUGGAAAAUGUGGGAAAUUUUUUAGCCAAAGGUCCAACCUCAUUCAACACCAGAGAGUUCACACUGGAGAAAGGCCUUAUGAGUGCAGCGAGUGUGGGAAAUCUUUUAGCCAAAACUUUAGCCUCAUUUACCACCAGAGAGUGCACACUGGAGAGAGGCCUCAUGAGUGCUGUGAGUGUGGGAAAUCCUUUAGCCGAAGUUCUAGCCUCAUUCACCACCGAAGACUUCACACUGGAGAGAGGCCUUAUGAGUGCAGUAAGUGCGGGAAAUCUUUCAAGCAAAGCUCCAGUUUCAGCUCACACCGGAAAGUCCACACAGGGGAAAGGCCUUAUGUAUGUGGAGAAUGUGGGAAAACUUUUAGCCAUAGCUCUAACCUUAGAAACCACCAGAGAGUUCACACUGGGGAAAGGCCUAUUAGGUGCAAAGAAUGUGGAAAAUCCUUCAGCUGCAAGUCUAACCUCAUUAAGCACCUGAGAGUGCACACUGGAGAAAGGCCUUAUGAGUGCAGUGAAUGUGGGAAGUCCUUUAGCCAAAGUUCUAGCCUCAUUCUACACCAGCGAAUUCACACUGGAAAAAGACCUUAUCGUUGUAGUAAAUGUGAGAAAUCCUUCAGCUCCAAAUCUAUCCUUACUCAGCACCAGAGAGUUCACACUUAGCUGUGUAUGGAACACACACAUUCCUCAUACUAUUAAUACGCUGGAUCACCACCUCAGAGAGCCAUCCGUCUGACUUGAGCCCUCAGGAUCUGAAGCCACAUGAUGGGGAGAAUUCCCUUUAUUUCCAGAGCCAUAGAAGCUUAAAAUAGCUUGUUUAACUUUCUAACAUACAAAGGCUUUUCCAUUUGUCACUGUUUUGAGACAGGGAAUUUCACUUCUACACUUGCAAGUCUACACACCACGCCAGUCCCUACUCCAGCAUGUACAGAGGAGCUGGCCUCUGCUUCCCUUUUGUGGGAUGAAAUCUUGACAAGUCUGAGUUCUCAUUCUUGUUCUUCUGCAAGUUAGGACAUGAACUUGAUCCAGGUAGUACUGAUUAUCCGGAUAAGUGUAUUUGGGCAGCUUGUCACAAAGAGCUCUUUUAACACUAUUUUUUCUAGCCUCUAUCACCAACAUGGAAACUACCUGCUUAUAUUGUUUUAAUUUUUAUAAUAAAGUCUUCAUUAUUUAUUUCAAUCUUGGAAUUCUGGUCACUGUGAGAUGCCUUCAGAACAGUAAAAAACUUGUGGGUGUGUGUGUGGUGCAGUUCAGAUAAGUUGGUACCUCAGACAGGAGGAAGAAUGUGAAAAUGUAGCUGUCUUCCCUGGUUUGGCCCCUGGGCUUUGGAAGUUAUGGAUUGAGUGCCAGGACCUUUCGCGGGCUCAGGACAGCUUCAGCAGGCGGAAAGUUGUAACCCCCGGUGUUCCUUGAAACAGAACAAAUUACUUGUAGACAUUUUUUCCUUUUUUUUUACUGUUUGUUGCUUACAGAAGAUACAUAUAGUGUCCAGCACCUUAGAAACCAGGUCUGCCCUAAGUUCUACACAAGCGUCCAGAACCCUGAGGCCCAUAAUUUAUUAGCCUUCUCUCGCUAUUAUUAGAGGGACCAGAGAGACUCAUAAUAGGUUCAGAAACUCUAGAUUAAAAGGGAGCGAUGGAGACAGCAGUGAAGUACCUGCAAUUUGUUUUUUGUAGAAUGUUCUAGUAAUUGUGGUAUGUGUACAGAAAUUCUCAUGAUAUCCAGGGAUGUGUAUUUGCUCGAUACCUGAAGUUAUUAUCAGGAAGAGAAAUAAAAUAGGCUGGAAGUCUCAUGUAUUCCAGUAUACUUUUUGGCAUGUUCCCUUUUACAGGCCAAGAA